CUCCUUGUGGAAAACUAAUAUUUUCGAAUGUUCUCAAGUUAGAAUAUAUAUCACAAGUUUACAAUGCUAGAAGGAGAGAUUCGUGAUCAACUCCCUGCAGUUUUCACCCUCCGGACACUUGCUUUUCAUGACAAGUCACGGUGUCCAAUAGAAGAAUUUGCUUUCUUCUAUUUACCGUAGCAAUUCUCAGUCACGGCCAACCUGCGCGUGCGACCAACAUAAGUCGUCUACAUUAUGUAUGCUCUGUUCUUUUUAGCUGCGCUGCUGAACUAUUGCGAUAAGUUAGAGUGAGAGAAAAUACAUUUGUUUUACUUUAAUUUAUUAUGCUAGUUCAGCAAUGUAGCUAAAAAGAACAGACCAAUGCUCAGGCGCGCGAAUACUAGCAAGACGGCGAGUGUCACGUCUGUCGUACUCUCCAACGAGGGGUCGUCGCCAACGCCGUUGCGCGAGCCAGUUAACGACGAAUCGACGGACAAAAACAAAAUGUUCACGACACGCUGCUGCGUGUUUACCAGCGGUGACCGCGUGUGCGUGGUGACGACGUGACGUGCUCGUUCAUGCCUUGUUGUUCGCGUGCGCAUCGUUCCGGUGGCCGUGAAUGAUCAGCCGUAAGAUGAUGAUCGAGAAGCUGCUGCGGCGCUAUGGCAGUGUCCUUUAACCGGUACCUGAUCCUACCGGAGAUCGAGAGAAGUGAGUCUGGUGCUGCCUCUGCCGCUGUCGCCGGACUGGAUGGCGAAAUACGCUCGUACACGAGCGAGAGCGUCGUUUCGAGAAGCUAUUGCUCGACUAUCGCUGGCACCACGACUGUUGCCGCCGUAACGCCGUUGACGGUGCCGUUGUGCGUGCUGGGCGACGUGCAGCUGCGUUUCCUCUGUCCCGAUGACUUGGAAGAAGUGCGCUCGCUCUGUCAGGAUUGGUUUCCAAUAGAUUAUCCUUACUCAUGGUAUGAAGACAUUACAAGCUCCUCAAGGUUUUAUGCACUUGCAGCAGUAUAUGGUGGUGUAAUAAUAGGAUUGAUCGUCGCAGAGAUCAAGUCAUACACCAAGCUGAACAAGGAGGAUCGUGGCAUUUUGUGUUCCAGUUUGGGCAAGGAUUGUCUAAUAGGCUAUAUACUUAGCUUGGGUGUGCGUCGCACGUACAGGAGGAAUGGGAUAGCUUCACUACUUCUGGAACAACUACUGGCCCAUGUAACCGCUCCCGAGCGUUCCUCCGUUAAGGCAGUCUUCCUACAUGUUCUCUCCAGUAAUGUUCCCGCCAUACUGUUUUAUCAGAGGUGUCAUUUUCGACUGCACAGCUUUCUUCCGUACUAUUAUUCGAUUCGUGGCAAGUGUAAGGACGGCUUCACGUACGUCCUCUACGUGAACGGCGGCCACGCGCCGUGGGGCAUCUGGGACUGGCUGCGUUACUUGGCCGGUGCGAUGACCAACUUCGUGCCGUGUCGAGUGCCGCGUUGGAUCUGGCAACGUCUUCUGUGGGCGAGCACUGUUCUGUCGUAUCACAGAUGAUAUAUUUUGUGAUUUCUUUUGUUCUUUUGUAUAUUUAUUUCUUUCUUUGAUUUCUAGAGGUGUUAUACGUAAAGUGCCAUAAACCGAUUGCAUCUAUAGUAGGCUCGUGGUAGAGCUACUGUCUGCUCUGUUCGUAAUCCGAGUCUACAAUAAAUGGUAGUAAGUCUGUUUAGUUUUAUAGCUCUAAGGCCUAAAAUUUCUAAUAAAAAAGCGUUUUUCGCCCUGGCCAGUUGGAAUCUGGCCAAAUCGCUUAAAGCUUAGGGAUUGUGACUUCGGAUAACGAAAAACGUUUUUAGCUGAAAAUUACAGUUUUGGGCUGAGAGCAUAAGGCUAAAAGUUCACUACACCUAUUAUAUUGAUAGAGUCGGACGUAUGAUUUUCUUAAGUAAUCUAAACGACCGCAAUGUGACGUACCCGAAGUCAGGAACAGACAUCGUGUCGAUUGUCAAUCUGUAGCGAUAUGAAGGAACAUUUACAAUUACAUUUGUCUAAAAUUCGGGAAGCAAGGCCUCAAAGUACUUUAGCGUGGCUACCGUUACCAAGGAUCGUCAGAAAAAUGGAGAACGUACCAGUACUAUAUAAUAGCGCGUUAAGAUACUCGACAUACAUAACUGCCAAAAAUUAUUAAGUUGACAUAGUUUAUACGUUAACGUUGAAUUUUUCUUCCGUGAUUUCUAACAGCCGAAAUUAUUGAUAAUUUAAAUUUGACUAGCAGACUUUUUGAUGUAUUUUUAUUUAACUUAGAGCGAGAUCAAAGAGGAUAAUUUAUCCCUGAUAUUUAUAGAAAUUUAUAUGUUGCAUGUAUAUCGAAAUAAGAGAUGUAUGCACAGAAUGAAACGAGCAAUAUAUUUUCGAGUCAUAGAAAUAUGUUAAAAAUCUUGUCAUUUAAAGAUAAUGUUUUACUCGAACUGAAUUUUAUAUUUGUUAUCUGUUAAAUAAUGUUCAUCGUAAAUAUUAAGUUUUGUGAUAUAUAUACACAUUUACUUUAACGUUAAAUUAAAUUAAAAUUAAUUUUAAUUUACUUUAACGUUAAAUUAAAUUAAAAUUAAUUUUAAAAUUGGCGUAUUUAAAUGUCAACUAAAAUUAACCUUGUAGGAACUUGUUAUAACAUUAUUACAUUCUACAUAGUGUAAUUUGGAGUAAUCUACAUACGAACUCUGAUAUAAUUUGAACAUAAUAUAUUUUUCUCGUUUCAUUUGGUGUAUAUCCAUUGAAGAACAUUUUAAUAUUUACCUUCACUGAACUGUGUGUUCUAGAUAAAAAUGCUUUUUUUCUUUUUUUUUAUCCACAUUAAAACGAUUAUAUUUACGACGAAAGCGUCAAGGAUAAAUUCAAAAAGAAAAACCGUGUGCGAAAGUGAGAUAAAUGCGCAUACAGAAGAUAUUUAUAUACAUAUAAUGUAAAUAUAAAUAUAAAUAUAAAUAUAUAUAUAUAUAUAUAUAUAUAUAUAUAUAUAUAUAUAUAUAUAUAUAUAUAUAUAUAUAUAUACACAUAUAUAUA